AUGUUGUUAAUCCACCAAGUUGGCAGUGUUCGCGUUGGGGAAGUCGUUAGGAAAUCGUCCAACAGGUACACCAUUACAUACAAUCCAGCGGCCGAUCACAUCCUUCCUAUUCCUACAAAUCUCUACGUGAGGGUGAAGAAUACAUCUGCCAGCCCAUUGCGCGCUGCAUACCUCCAUGGCCCGUACACGCUAUACGCCGCGUGCUAUCCCUCGCAGUUUGACCCCAACACCAAAUAUGAGCGACAGGACCUAGAUGGUCAACCGCAGUUUGAACCAUACCUGAAGGCUGGGGGUGGCUGGGACGCCGUCAUCAAGGUGCCGGCUAGUCUCCUGGAAGCGCACGAUUUUGGCUCUCCGGGUCAAGGCGGACCGGCAAGUGGACACAGCGUUAGCUGGAUUGUUGAGAUACAAUCGCAGGUGAUAUUCUCAAGUAGCGCAGCGGUCCAUUUUGAACUGCUGGUCGGCCGUGAUGAAAACUCCCUGGCGUGUUCCUCGGGCGGUGCAUGGAGUGGCGGAAAUGGUUCUUCCGGGCCUCCGGCAAAGUUACAAGACCAUUGGCUACCUGAAACUAGAGGUAGUCAGGUGCUUGCCUCGAAGGGAGUGUACUCAAAAGCAAUCGCUCUUCAUGUUGACGAUACAAGUAGUCUAUGGAACAAUCCGCCAUUCCCCUCGGCGAAGCCGGCUUCCAAAAGCCUUGAUCAGAAGAGUCAAGAGUCGCAACCUCUGUGUGACAAUCCAGCGCCGGAGGUCUCUCCUGAGGCUCCGAUGAAAAGUGCCAAGAAGAAGGUCCAUCUCGUGUUAUUGACACAUGGGUUGCACAGCAAUCUCGGGGCAGACAUGCUCUAUCUUAAGGAGAGCAUUGACGCAGCCAUGAGAAAGUCUAAAAUGAAAGACAAUCGAGCCAAAGCUCCCCAUGUCAGCCCUGUUGGAUUGGAUGAUCGAGAAAAUCCGACAAGCAGUGAAUCCGUUCAUGCUGAGGAGGAGCAAAAUAGCCAGUCUGGUGAUAACCUCGACGAUGACAACGAAGAGCAAGUUAUUGUCAGAGGGUUCUCGGGCAAUGCCGUUCGGACUGAACGUGGGAUUCAAUACCUCGGUAAACGACUGGCCAAAUAUGUCCUGCUUCUCACGUAUCCCGAUCAACCCUAUUUCCCUCUGAAGGGCUCAAAGUCGAAACCAUUUCCCCGGUCUUUCAGUCCUCGCAAGGAGCGAGCUCAACAAUCUGCUCAUUCUGCGGAAUCCACCCCCCAAGUGGAUGCCCAAGAAUUUCAAAAUGAAGACCAUGCCUACCAGAUUACGAGCAUUAGUUUUAUUGGCCAUUCUCUCGGAGGGCUGGUUCAGACCUAUGCAAUCGCAUAUAUCCAAAAGCACUCGCCACAAUUUUUUGAGCGAAUCAAGCCUGUUAACUUUAUUGCUCUUGCAACCCCUUUUCUCGGUCUUAGCAAUGAGAAUCCACUGUAUGUUCGAUUUGCGUUGGAUUUAGGUCUAGUUGGUCGCACCGGCCAGGAUCUCGGGUUGAGCUGGACGGCACCGAAAGUUCGAAGUGGCUGGGGGGCCAUUAUUGCUGGAAGAGGAGAAUCUGCAACAGACCCCGGCAAUUCGGAUCCUGGCGCCAAACCGCUUCUACGGAUUCUUCCUUGUGGUCCUGCCCACGAGGUUCUUAAGAAAUUCCAGCAUCGCACAGUGUAUUCGAAUGUGGUGAAUGAUGGGAUAGUUCCUUUGCGAACAUCUUCGCUUUUUUUCCUAGACUGGAAAGGUCUAGAUCGAGUUGAAAAGGCGAGGAGAGACAAUGGACUUGUUGGAACUGUGGCUGAAUGGGGGUGGGCAGAGUUGACAGGCGCCAACUCGAAAUCCCCGCGACUCGCUCGCCCCGAUGGAGAACUGCCUUUGAGCCUCCCAGCAUUGGAGGCCGAUCAUCAAGAUGCAUUUUCUGCGACCCAGGUUUCUGCAAGGCCCAAAGACGAUAUUUUGGACGAAGAUAUAACCUCCCCGAGGCCGUUACAAUUCCUAGCAGCACCCAGUCAUGUGUCCAGCCAGAAACUUUUAGAGGAGGGUGCGGCGAAGGAAAAUUCUUCGGGAAGUGCGCCUCACAGUCCCCUGGACAGCUUUUUCUCGCUUUUUCGCCUAAGUCUGGGCAGUAACCCCCCUAAUAGCAAAAAUGCUAGAAUUUAUAAGCGUAGCCAGACUCUGAGCACGUUGGAGACCAGUGAUGGCGGUGGCGAUGGCACCUUGCCCACUACUCAUGGACGCCCCUCGCUUGAGCACGAAGGAGUGCAUACGCCUCCAAAGACGACAUUUUUCGAGUGUGCGGGGGACUUGCUGAUGCCGCCUUUACCACCUGCGGAAUUUAUAAUGGACCCUGCCUCGCGACCGCGGACAAUCUUUCACGAUCGCAUCUACCACCCAGGAGAUAUACCACCCCAUUCACCGACAAAGCGACGCACAUUGGCAUUUGGUUCGCUACCGGGUAAGCAAUCGAAGUCGGCGGCCACUGAACAUUCCCCUGCUGGCACCACGGACAACGAAAGUGGCCUCAAGGUUGAAGAAAAAAUUGCGAGAGCCUAUCACCGUGAUCUGACUUGGCGUAAGGUUCUUGUUCGACUCGAGCCCGAUGCCCACAACAAUAUAAUUGUGCGGCGCAUGUUUACCAAUGCCUAUGGCUGGCCUGUUGUGAAACACUUGGUUGAUACACAUUUCGGCCACACUCUCCCUGCGGAGACUGAUGAUUCUUUGAAGCAAAAUGUGGAAUUGGCCAAGUCUCCGGAUGUCGGUCCGACUAGUUCGGGUGAUGAGGUUGAAGGACAGUCCGACUCCGUCGAUCCAAAUCCAGCAAGAGGUACAGACGAUUUGCCAAACGUUUCCGAUCUCCAUGGAUCGCAAGAUCUAUCUUCCGGUCCAAAAGACAUAUUACCGGCCGAUGAUGAAUCGCAUAUGAGCACCACUGACCGACAUCUUGUAUCGAGACAGGAUUCAGCACGAUGGACUGAUCGUGAAGUUGUCGAGGAUGACAGCGUCUCUGGCUUCGAAGUGGAAACUAAAGCUGGUUUCCGUCACUUACAAUAG